CUCCCUUACCUCGUUAUCCUCUCGUCGGCUCGGCUCAUCACUGGUGCUGCACGGAGAGUUCACCCUUCACGUCCAAGACGCUUCGCCUUGUUAUUUGGCCGUGAUCCCUCAACUUUUAUUGACGCGUAGCAGUCGCUAACUAAUCAAAAUGGUUCGCAUCGCUUCGGGUGUCGCUGCCAUCGCGGCCCUCGUGUGCGCCUCCUCGGCCGCGGCCGCAGACAUCAAGCCGACACCAUCGGUGAUGCACCUGGUCAAGCGCCAGCAUCACUCGUCUGCAACCACAGCUGCCGCGGGUGCUGGGGGCGGAUCUGGCGCUGCCCACGCUGGAGCCAGCCCGGGCCUCGCCAACUUCAGUGGCAGUCUCCCCGCCAGCGUCCUGAGCAUCGUUGCCACCAUCUCGAGCGGCACUGCCUCUUCCUUCCCGACGUACACUUUGCCCGUCACCGCCACGCCGGGACAGACCAAUUCCUACGUCAGCGGCUCACCACCCUUGCCGACUGCCAACAUCGUUGGGUCCCAGUACCCGACACUGGAUCAGACCCCGCCAACCAACGAUCCGGUCGUCCAGGAGUGGCUUAAGAAGAUUGACCUAUCCAAGGCCCCGCAGAUCCCCGUUAACCCUGCGCAGUUGACCUGCUCCAACUCUUCGAACCCAAACGUCGCCAAUGCGGCUUCCAACGGUUGGUGGACGUGUGGCGGGCACACCCGUGACACGGAUGUCACGACUUGCCAGACUAAGAACACCUGGGGUGUCUCGUACGACGAUGGUCCUUCUCCUUACUCGCCGCUUCUGCUCGACUACUUCCAGAAGAACAACAUCAAGUCCACCUUCUUCAUCGUUGGCUCGCGCGCUGUCUCUCGGCCUACCAUGCUCCAGUCGGAAUACUGGGCUGGUCACCAGCUGUCCGUUCACACCUGGUCACACCCGUACCUCACGACGCUUACCAACGAGCAGAUCGUCGCCGAGCUUGCCUGGACCAUGAAGGCGAUCAAGGACAUUGUUGGCGUCACACCAAACACUAUGCGCCCCCCUUACGGCGACAUUGACGACCGCGUUCGCUACAUCUGCAAGGCCAUGGGCCUCACCCCGAUCAUCUGGACCACGGCCAACGGCCAGACGUACGACACGAACGACUGGAAGAUUGGCGCUGGCAUAGUCUCUGCCGCCAACUCUGCUUACACGUUCGAGCAGAUCAUAAAAAAUGCGCCCUCCCUUGACACGGGCUAUAUUGUCCUCGCGCACGACCUUUACCAGCAGUCCGUCGAGCUCUCUACUGAGGUCAUCCUGCCUUUCGUUGCACAGUUCCAGCCACAGCAGUCGCUUGUGCCAAUUAUCAACUGCGUUGGCCAGCCGAUGAACAAUGCGUACAUCGAGACAAACGCGAACAACAGCGCUAGCAGCCCUGGGCACACCCUCACGGGCAGCACGCCUACUGGGACCGGAUACAACCCCAUCCCCAGCAGCAGCACCAAGAAUUCGGGCGCCGCGUCGGCGCUCGUGCGGUCUGCACAGGCCCUUGUGCUCGGCGGUGUUGCUGCCGUUGGCGCUGUCCUCGUCAUUUAAGCGCACAUCGCUUCGCAUGUGCCUGGAAGUGAAACGGGACCAAGAUCGGAUGGAAUCAAGCAAAAGUCUUUAUUUUUUAUGCCGAUAGAGAGUAUUGCGCGUUUCCAUACGCGUGGGAAC